AACAAAUUGUGUGCCCAAGCUUAGGCUACAUUCGUUUUAGCAUUGGGCAUUGGCGUAUACAGGGCUUAUGUGCCGUGUCACCCCUGUCCUGUUGCCAUUGGUGUAUAUUCAGCGUCGAGACUCUAGCCAACCAUGGACGGCCCUAUUACCCAAACUUUUGGUAUUUCCUCCCUCUUUCAUUAAGAAUCCGGGGUGAACUGAAGUUUGCACGUCGGUGCUAUUCAUUCAAUUGACUUGCCAAUAUGGUAGAGAACCGAGGACCAGAGCUGCAGGCGGUGUGUUCGGCCAUGGUGUCAAUAUCGUUCAUUUCGGUCGUGCUUCGAUGCUACGUUAGGUCUCGCAUCGUCAAGGCUUUUGGCUGGGAUGACUUUUUGAUGGUGAUUGCUCUUCUCUUUCAUGUCAUGUUCGCAACCUGUGCAAUCGGCGGCAUUCACUAUGGCACUGGACGACAUAUGAAGGACCUAAGUAACGACAAUAUUGUAGAAGCUAUGCGAUACUGGUGGCUAUGCUAUGUUGCCUAUUGCUGGGCCAUGAUCUUUUGCAAGCUCUCUAUUGGACUCUUCCUCCUACGCAUCACCAUCAGACCAUUACAGAGAUGGAUUAUUUACAUCGUCAUGGGCCUCACCGUAUUUACCGGACUAGUCUUCUUCUUCGUUACCCUCCUACAGUGCAACCCGAUGUCAUUUUUCUGGGACAAGUUCUCGCAAACCGGCUCGUGCGUCCCCAUCGACGUUAUCAUCGCCCUCACUUUCCUUUACAGUAUCAUCUCUGUCAUUUGCGACUUUACCUUCGCUAUCCUACCGAUCUUCCUCGUGUGGAACCUGAAUAUGACGGGCAAGACAAAAGCCCUCUUGGUUCCUAUCCUGGGAAUGGCGUGCGUAGCUAGUAUUGCGGUCCUUUGCCGCAUGGCAUAUGUUAUGGACUUCAAGAAUCCGGACUUUCUGUGGGCCACUGUCGACAUCGCCAUCUGGAGCGACACGGAGCAAGCUCUCGGUAUCACCGCCGGUAGCCUUGCAACCCUCCGCCCGCUCUACCGACAGCUAGCAGCAAAGCUUGGCAUUAGCACAAACGCCGGCGGCGAAAGUGGGAAAGACACACCAAAGUGGUAUGGUGGGCCAUCUACAGCAAAGGAGUCGAAGAGGAAGAGUCUGUUCAACUUCCGCACCUUGAUGCGAACCGAGAAGGGAGGCACAAUUAAGGAGAGGGACGAUGACUACGGUAUGGGAAACCUCCAGCCCAUUCGCCUGAGGGACGACCUUGUGGAAGAAAGUCAAGUUGAGAAGAGCGAGAAGGGCUUCCAGACAUGGAUAGUGUCAGCAGGUGGCAAGAGCUUCGACGAGGAGCACGAUGUACCAGCAGUACCGCCCGGGAAGAUCACUAUGCAGAAGGACGUAGUCCAAGAGUCAGAAAGGCGAUCUUUCUGACUGCUACGUAACCGUUACAAAACCUCGAUAGAAACAAGAACACGG